AUGGCCCCUUGUGAUACCCUGAUUGUCGUUGAUACUUCGGAUUGCGUGCCAGAUAGAGGCACCUCGCCACAUCUCUUGGAUAGUAAUAUUUUUACAUCGAUCCCAGACACGGGCCAACUCCCCUCAUCCCCUCCUAUACCUAGCCCGUCGUCUCGUUCCACUCUUAAGAAGUUGCCCGCAAGGGCUGAAUCCACCCUUUUUGUCUUUGCCACGACUACUCUCACGAUUACUGCUACUACUUCUCCUAGUGGACUCUUAUCAAGUCAUCCACGCUCAAGUUAUACGCCUGCAAGUUUCACGCCAACUUCGACAAUAACGAGUUCUACUCUGUCACGUUCCACGCCAUCAACUUCUGCGCCGGAAUCGUCAAAACAAGCAGUGACAGCAACAUCAUCCAGACCCCCAGAAGCUACGGGCAGUGUGGUAGUGGCUAGCGAACGCUCUAGUUCAAAAGAAGUACCCCUGCCGAUUCUUGCUCUGUUGAUCAUUCUAGCAAUAGCCGCUGUCAUGUUAUCUCUAGCGAUAUGUCGUGUAAGGAAGAGUCGCAAGUUCUGUAGGCAAUGCAGAGAGGCUAUCGUUAGCCAAACGCUUACAAAACAAACGCCUCCAGCGCACGAUCAUGGCACAUUUACGCUGUCGGGAGCAGCCAAUCAAUCACGUUUGACAGAAAGGAUAAGGGGUAGUAUGGGCUCAUCCGCGUUGAAUUUAAAUGGCCAACUAGCCCAACCUCACAUUCGCGAUGAACCUCGAGGAAUUCGUCAGUGGACGACAGUUGAAGAAAGUAACUCACGACCCCUUGAUUCCCCAAUAGCCACCAUGGCUCCAAGGAUCCCCCAGCUAAGCUGGGAACGCCCUAAACCUGAUCCUAUGAGCCUUUAUGCCCGUGCUUCAGCUAGUGGCCGGGAGGAACAACGAGGCCGUUCAUCGAUCUCUGUUGCGUCUAUAAUCGACGAGUACGCUCAAUUCCCCAACGAUAAUAGGUAUCUCGAUACCUUCCAAGUCGUCGGGAACAACGGUGUUCCAGGAAAUCUACAAAACCUGACGGCUGAUGAAAUUUUUUUAGUGGAUUUGCGAAACGGAAGUUUACGGCGUCGGACGCGGGAUGAUUACCCUUCUCAACCUAGUGGGGAGGAUGAUACAACACGCUGCGCGAUCCGGUCUCCAACUGAACCAUAUACUCAAAUUCGGGAGAGGCAAGAAGGGCAACUCGGAAUAACGAAAGUGGGGGGUACUGCGCCCGUUUCUCGACAUGAACAGUCUCCUACUAGUCAAUAUAAAGAGUCUUCGACGCAGACAUCUAGACAGGUACAUCAGGACCGGCAAACUGAAUCAAGUUACAGCCCUACGAGCUCGUCAUGUGCCAGUCAGCCCAGCUCGAUGACAUCGUGGGCUUCACCCUGGCCGGUGAAAACCGGAAAUGUUAGCGAUCGGCUUACUCCAAACUUUGUCGCCAGGCCAAGUAUGAGUAGUCAUACACCCGCCGAUGCAACGCAGGAUUCAGACGAUAAUAUUAGCACCAUGCUAAAUCGUUGGGCACUUCUUGAUCGACAAAACCUGGGUCUCGUUGAUCAGGUCCCACUUCGAUCUUACUCGGCGCGGGAUAAGCUAAAUGACCAUUUAAACAACGAGCGCAGGCUUAAGCUUCAUGUGUCGAAUGUCCGAAGGUCAAUGUCGACUACACUUCCGGAAAUCUUGUCGAGGUUACCCUCCUCGGGAGCUAACAGGGCGGGAAAAAAUGAGAAUGCUGAAUUAUACGCACCGAAGAACUGUCGGAACAAACUGGUAGAGGAGGACCCAAAUAUUGGUUCAACCCAUAUCGAGACUUGCACUGCAAUUGACGAGCAUCUAGAACCGCCCAAUGCUGAAUUUGACGAUGUCGACUCUCGCGAUCACGUAUUUGGCAGACCUUCCUUACAGCAGCGAACUUACAGCGAAAGCAUAUAUUCGCGACCAACAACAUUGCACCGGCUCCCAGAGGAUACCCAGGCAGGGGAUGAACAAUGGGGAGGCCAAGGAUAUCCAAGGCUGAGACGUUAUGCUAAGCAGUCUUAUGGAAGCCCAGAAGCCGGACCUAGUCAGUCCACACCAGCUCCGCCAUUCCGUAAUGAAGCCGGCGACCGUGAUUCGCCAACCGGUUACGAAAAUAACCUCUACGGUGAGCAGGGUAGUCGAGAGCAAGGAGCCCCGACGAAGAAUGAUCAGUUUGGUAAGUUAUCCCUCGGCGAACCAGGGACGAUUCGCGACGAUUCACUUCGUUGGCAUACGCGUAAUAUGAUUGCUCCUCGUGAUCCUGUCAAGGGUAACGAUGCUGGAGGUCCUGCGGACCCAGAGCCGAGAUCAUUUAUUAACUACCGAGGUAGUUUUCCGGAGAUUUCACAAUCCCUCUUCUGGAUUAGGCCGCCAGGCAUCGCUGCUUUAUCCUCACCCUCUCCUCACCCUUCUCACCACCGCCUCCCUGUCUUCAAUCACCUCACCGUUCCCGACCGGUCACCUGCUAGGAAGGCAGCAUCUUCAAUUCUGUCAAGUUUACGCGAUGGACAUGUUUCUACUCGGUACAAUCAAAACUACAAAUGUGACAUCUUUGAUGAGGAGAAAAAGAAGAAGUUCAUCAUAUUUCUUGCAAAGAUGGCCCGUGGACGGAGCCCCAAGGGUCCAAAGGACACGUACAUUUUGCUGUUGUGGAAGCAAUUCACGGCUGAAUGGGCCCGCAGAAAAGAGAAGCUGCCAUCCCCUGUGACCAGCUCUGGCUCUAUGUUCAUUGCCCAAGAAUUACACCUACAUGCCGCUAUCAAUCGUGAUAUCUCCGCGAGAGACUUUGUUACAUUGAACCAUUUUAGAAACCUGAUUCAGCAGCUAUGGAAGAAUGAUUGGUACGAGUUUCCAUUCCCAAUAUACCGGGUGUAUUUCUCGGCGUUCCUCAAGAUGUGUAUGUAUUCAACCGCUCGGGUGGGCGAGUACCUCGAGUCGACAGCGCGGCGGGGUUCAGGCCGAGGUCUCCGUGUCCCUCAGGAUAUGACGUUCCUGGUUAUUAACAAUUCCAAGAGUCAAGCUGAAAUCAUAAUUCGGCCAAAAAGAGAUGCAAAGAACAUGCGCAAGAAGGAAAACAAGCAGCCGCGGCAUCCCAUGCAGGAAGAUAGCCACCGCCUGGGGAGGGACAGUGGCCUGACCGGUGAGAUCCUUACGGCAACCUGGGCGGAUAAAGGGCUUGCGAAGCUGGGCCGCCGUGCAGGGUAUGAAAAAUUGAUCAGCGUCCAUGAUAUGCGGGCAGAGGGCCUAGUCCGAACAAAUGAAAACGGGCAUUCGAUGGAGGAGUUGAUGCAGAUGGCCGGCCAUGGGGGCAACCCACGAAUAUUCUUUGAGCAUUAUAUGAGCUCAACCAGCAGUGUUCAGGGUGUGUCAAACAUCCUAAAAUUGGAGCGCCGUAAAGACAUCGCAGAGCCCUUCCGUGGCUUGACAUUGCGGCGUCACCCACAACUGUGGCAGGCUCUGCCUGCAAAACUGCAGCAGGACCACUUAUACAAUCCAUGCCGAUAAUAAGUCCACCAUAGAGCUAUCCUCUUCCGAAGCAAUUCCGCGCCGCUCGAAGCAUAUAGAGGUUCAUUUCCACAUUCUUCAGGAUCUUGUCCGCAAGAACCAGAUAUCUAUCUGAUACAUUUCAUCUGCCGAGAACGCGGCGGAUGGGCUUACUAAACCACUUGAAAUGAUGAAAUAUACACAUUGAAAGGAGAAUAUUAAGAUAAAAGAGAUAGGGAGAUAGAGGGAUAAAAAAUGAUGAAUCUCAUGGCUGAUUUUUCAUUACUACACAUUUUCCA